AUGUCAGGUGCUGUUAAGGUGAUUCCAGAUGAUGAGUCUCAGCGAGAAAAUUGCACAACGUCAUCUGAACCAGUUUCGUUUGUGGAAAAGUCUGAGAGUAGUUACUCUUCAUGUGUUCCACAGCCUGUUCCACCGAAACUUCCUGUUAAUAAGUUGUAUGGAAUUCGAGGUAUAAUUGGAAUCUGUCUAUUGUUGUUUUCUGCGUACAUUGGCUCUAUCUUCUUUUUGGCUCCAUUACUACCGUUGGCUAUUCUGUCGCCUGUUGUAUUUCGCUAUUUUAGUGACUUUCUCUUAACAUCGUGGCUGAUGCUUGCUGAAUUUGUAAUACUCAAAAUUCUUGGUUGUCGUAUCCGUCAUUUUGGUGACCGAGUUAUACCAUCCACCACUACUAAAUCCCAUAGCUGUCUCUUUCUGAUCAAUCACCGGACGCAAUUAGAUUGGUUUUUCGUGUGGGGCUUAGGUGAUCCAAUUCAGCGUAUGAAAAUAAUUCUUAAGGAUUCUCUUGCGAAAGUUCCAGGUGCUGGUUGGGCAAUGCAAUGUGGUAGCUUUAUAUUCCUACGCCGGCGUAUUGCAACAGAUCAACAGCGAUUACAAAAAAUUGUAGAAUAUUUACUCAAAGUUAAACAGAGUUGUCAAUUGUUAAUCUUUCCUGAGGGCACAAAUUUGAGCAGUACUUCGUUGGAGAGAAGUGACAGUUACGCGAAGCGAAAUAACUUACCAUGUGUUCGUUAUACACUUCAUCCUAGAAGUACUGGAUUCUUGCAUUUAGUGAAAUUGAUUGGCUUAGAUCAUCUAACUGAAGUAUAUGAUGUCACAGUAGCCUAUCCAGAUAUUUUACCGUCACCGGAAAUUAAUCUAAUUUAUGGACAUAUUCCACAUGAAGUGCAUUAUCUUGUUCGCCGUUUCAAUUUAAGUGAUUUACUGGACAUCACAAAUGAUAAUCGAAAAUUAGACGAAGAAACAAAUGAUAAAUUGUCAAAAUGGUUACAAAAUCGUUGGUUAGAAAAAGAAAAUAUUUUGAAAGAAUAUUAUGAUAAUCCUAUUGGCAAACGCUCAUUUCAAAAUGAAAUAACACCUGAUAGUCUAGUAUUCUAUGUGAAUUCGUCAGAUAAGAUAAUGUUCACUUAUUUGGGUUUAUUCAACACUGGAUUUUGGUUUCUAUCCAUGUUCAGCUUAGUGUAUCUGAUUUGUACUACAUUCUAUAUUCAGAUUUAUUUUAUCACAAUUCAGUUGUUGUUUACUUAUUUCACUUAUUACACAAAUGGUGUUAAUAUAUGGGCCACUAAAUGGAUUAGUAAUUCUGUUAAAGGUGAAUACAACGAGAUCAAUGAUACUACUUUUAAUGCUACUACUGCUAAUAAUAGUCAUGAUAAUAAACAUGAUGAUGUUGAUAGUAAUGCCAAUAAUGUCUUUAUGCAUUCAGUUCAAUAUGAAGGUGUUGAUCAGAAUAGAAAAGCUACUUAAAAUCACAUUGUUGUUGCACUAUAAACACAAAGUAUAGAUAAUGUGAAUCCAAUAUGUCGAGCUGUUUUGUUUGUUGUUGUUUUUUCUUUCUGAAAGAAAUAACUACUCAUUGAAUUCAUCUUCACAUUCAUACUACUUGUUCUGCCUAAUUUUCGUCUCUUUCUCCAUCGUUUGUCUACCGUCAUCGUCAGUUAGUAUUAAUCAUUUCAAUUCAUUUUUUUUUUUAAUUAUGUGAACUUCCCUUUUUUCAUCACAAAUAUCUAUAUUAUUAUAUUCUCUUUUCUGUUAUUCAUUUGAUACCUACAAUUAGUUGUCAGUUGGAUGACUUUAAUUAUUUAUUUAUUUGCGAUAAUUUACUGUACCCUGUGCAAGUUAUUUCCUCUUUUUUCUAAUUCAUUAAUUAUUUGGGACUUCUCUAUGUGUGGAUUAUUUCAUUUAUUUUCGUUCAUUGUUAUCGAUAUUGAUUAAUUGAAAUUUAGAUCAGAUGUAACAUCGAAAUCGUACAUACAUUUAUUUUCAUAAACUUAAUUUACAACAUAUAGAUAUUAUCAUUUGUGCAAGCAUGUUUUUUUUCUUUAUUGAACAACUUCAUUUUUCAUUUAAGUAUACGUUGAUCUUUUGAAUAUAUUCUUCUUCUAUAUGUAUUGAUUGAAAACUCGAGUACUUUUAGUUUAAGAAUAAUUGAUUUCAGUUAACGAAUCUAUUGUGAAUCGCGAGGUGGCUACUCUAAUUCUACCGAUUGGUCAGCUUCAGAUAUCCCAAUACGACCCCAAUACUGUUACCCAAUCUCCAAUAUAUCAGAACACGAACCGUAGAUGAAAAAUUGUUAUGUGGUC